CGACUGCACGGGGGGAAAAGACGUUUAAUUGUUAUUGUUAGCCGCUCUUUAUCAAAAUACCCAGACGUACAGAAGUGCACUGCAAAUUAGUUUCAUUAUUUUUAUUUAUAUAUGUAUAUAUAUGCGCAGGAUAAAGAAGUUCACGACCACGGAACGGUUUGUGCACGUGCAUCUUUGUCAUGACGGCAGAAAUGAUUCUGUAAUAAUUCAGAGCAGCGACAUUAACGGUAUCUGGCGUUAGUUAGCUGUAUGCAGUCACCUCAGGGAAGAGCGUUCAGCGUUAGAGCUGCUCCUGCACUCGGAUUCAGCUCGAUCACUAUAACGUCGUAGCCGUAACAACGCGAAAUGGCAUCAUGCUUAAUUAAAUGUUAUGUCUGCUGACCAUAUUUCGCUCCUCUGACUGGUGUCAAUUUGCUGGCAUUUGAUCUAGCCAGCUAAUAUUUGUAGCUGUUGUGUAGCUAGCCCAGUUAGCCAGCUAAGCUAAUAUGCCAAGCAGAUAAAGCCUCCAGCUGACAGCUGAACGCCUCGUCCUGGGUUCAGUUACUGUAUAUUUUGCCCUCAUGCUCGUCUUUAUAUGCGUUGGUGUUGCAUGGUUAUGUUUACAGUUGUGUGAUAGAUGCUUGUUCCUCUCGCACUUCAGCUCUGCCUUAAAGACAUGUAUAACGUUUGUGUUUGUGUGAAAUCAGCCUGAAACACACGGGAUCAAGCAAACGGAAAUAUGAAUGAUGCAGAAACAGCCAGUAGGAAGCAUGCAAGUUCCCAAGAGUUGCAAACCCCUAAAAAUGAGGAUGCAUAUGAAAUCUCCAUCCCAUUUGAGGAGAACAACUAUGAACAGCAGAGUGGCUUUUACAACCAGAACGAUCAAAACUUUGACAGUAAUGAUCCUCCAGCUCCUGCAAGCUCAUACUUGCUGAUCACAAACCUGCGCACACAGCUGCAGAUUUCUCUGGAAAAGAACUCUUGGCUGCAGAAACGCAUAGAAGACCUAGAAGAGGAGAGAGACUUCCUGCGCUGUCAACUCGACCGCUUCAUAUUCUCCACCAAGAGUCAGGAAAGCAACGGUAAUGAUUCUCGCAGUUUUUCGUGGAGGAGACGACGAGAAAAUGAACGCGAUCAGCAAGCAGAGGUUCAGCGUUCAGCCAACCGUCAUACAUUCCCACAGCGGCCUGCUCAGCAGCCCCCAAGUAACGCCAAGGUCAUGAGUACUGGUCCUGGGCCAAUUAGUGCCCAGAUAAGUUCCGUGUUUGGUCCCUCCCAUGCUCAGCCUCUCCUACACAGCCAUGGAGGUGGAGGUAGCAGCAGUGGUGGUAGUAGUAACAACAGGUCUAUGAAUGAUCUACCAGAGUCACUCUCCCUUUUGGGAGAUGAUGAAGAAUAUUUGGAGGACAGCUACCUGGAAGAAGACGAAAUGAUCUCAGGGGAAGAUGUGAUGGCAGAAAACUUGACUAUAAGGAAUAUGGGUGCUCCUGGGAGGCCUCCUGGGGCCCACCCUGCCCUGAAGAGGAGGAGAGUCUUCAGAAUAGCCAGAGGCAGAGAGAGACAGAGAGUGAAAGAUGCUGCUGGGGUCUUGUUUCGGUAUAAGAAGAUUCUGGUGACAUAUCAGCGGCUGAAGAACAUGUCCAAAGCCUUCCAAAUACAUGGUGUGGACCGUAACACAGUUGCCUCCACAACACCCAUUGCCGAGCUGCUGCUUGUGGCUCCAGAGAAGUUGGCUGAGGUGGGUGAGUUCGACCCAUCCAAAGAGAAGCUGCUGGACUAUGCACGGCGUUGCUACAUCGCUUUGGACCCCCAAACUCGCAGCAAGGUUCAGGCACUGAAGAAGAACAAUCUGUUACUCCCAAUCUCUUACAGGUUGAAAGGAGCCGAUGGCCGGUAAUUGGACGGGAGCAAGUGAUUUCUGACCUGUUGUAUCAUAGAAUCCCUCACUGUAUUUUAAUGCACCAUAGAGCACACCUCCACUCUGUCAGCCUCCACCUUGGUGUUGAGAUCAGGCAUACUCUGAAUCAAACCGUACUGUAUUACCUCUGUUCUUUUCCACAGUGCACACACAGAGCUGAAAAGGGCUGGGCUUCCAGGAAGACUGUUUGGUAGAUACUGUCAUUUGUAUAUAGAAGUCUGUAUAUUGUGAGAACUGUCUGAUUUGGGCACAAGCCCUGUACCCUCUAUAGUUCUGUGAUGUCCUAUAUACUGAAGUACUGUAUUAGAGGGUUCUCAGCUACAUUCCAUCUGUGUGUGUAUAUGUUUGUGGUACAUAUCCCUCAGCACUUACCUUUUUCUGAACUGUUCAGUGCUAGUCUGAGGGGUAUAAAAACAUGUGCUCUUUGUUUUAUACUGUGCUAAACUGCACCAACUCAGACACUUUUUCUUUGGCCUAUAUGGCCUCCUCAAGGUGGAACAUUUUUGUGUUGGUGCAUGUAAAUCCCUGACUCGUGACCUCUCUCUCUUUUUAGACAUCACUGACUGUUGAGCAUGAGAAAAAUGUAUAAUGAAACCCCAGUUAGUAACUGGGAUCACACCUGAGCAACCAUGAAUGGUAUAAUAGUAUCACAUAGUUCAGAUGUGUGUGAGUGUGUGUGUGUAGCUCAUGUAUGUUUGCUCUGAGUGUGCAUCUGAAUGAUGUGUGUGUGUGUGUUUGGUUUUAAAGCUUAAUACUCAUGACUACUCUGAUUCCCCAUCAUUCAGGGAACAGGCAGUAGAUUGCAUAAACAGCAUUCGUCAACUCUCAACCAUUUCCAUCAUUAAAUAGUGUAUUCGUACCUCUGAUGUUAUCUUGAUGUUCAUUACCAUUGAUUACGGGUUGGGGCUGCUGCACAAUUCAGUUAUGCCUCAGGAACCAAUCAAUUUCUGUAGACAUUUUAAAAUGUAGAAGGAUAGUCUAGUUAUUCUGUGACGGUUGAUGUCUGUAGCGAAACACUCAACAAUUUGUUUCUCUUUUUUUGUAAAUCUAAAUGUUUUAUCUCAUCUUGAGCCAAGAAACUGUUUAUUCAAUGCUGUUUUUGUCAUGCUGAAACAGAAACAAAAGAAAUGUCCUGUUGAAUUGUCUGAUUAUAAAUGACACUAAAGUGAUUUCCUACUGAA